UUCUUCGCGGAGCUGGCCUCGGUGGUCUUGAAGAAGCUGCUACGUGACCACCCGUUGAACGCUUGGCUGAAGGACUUCAAGGCUGGCAUCAAGACUGGCUCACAGCAGGGCCGAGCUUCCCCAGCAGCAAGCGCGGACGCCACUGACAUGGAGUCUGGGGCCGCGGAG